AUGUCGUGUGUGCCAGCAAGAACGGGGAGACAAAGACAGCGUUAUGAAGACAACCUUCGACUUGUUUCUGGAUGUAUUCCAUAUAGAUGGAGAAAGGAGAAUGGAGAUCAGAUGGAAAAAACUGAGGAAAUGAUAGAAGUACUUAUGAUUUCUUCGCCAAAACGCGACGACCUUGUAUUUCCAAAGGGCGGUUGGGAGGAUGAUGAGACUAUCACAGAAGCUGCUUGUCGCGAAGCUUUAGAAGAAGCUGGAGUUACAGGAAUUUUAAGAGAAACUCCAUUAGGAAUGUGGGAAUUCCGAAGCAAAAGCAGUCAGGACUUGUGUAGCAUGGAAGGAGGCUGCAGAGGAUACAUGUUUGCCUUGGAGGUGACCGAAGAACUUGAGGCAUGGCCUGAGCAGAAAAACCGUGCUCGCCAAUGGUUGGAUAUAAAAGAGGCAUUUAGACUCUGCCGAUACGACUGGAUGUGUAAUGCACUCGAGGAGUUUACAAAAGUUAUGGCAGAGGAUACAACGCCAAGGAAGCAAGACAAGAAUGUCGUCGACCCCCCUUCUGUUACCUCAACAGAUGCCUCGGAAUGUCAAAGUGUGUCGCCCAACUGCUACAAAAGAUCCUCGAAUAUGCAGCACCACGGCGUGCCUCCUAAAGCGAAUAAUCUACUGCAACGCGCUUCUCACGAGAUAGCCAUCCAUUUUGGCUAUUGA